AUGAUUCGCAAACUUACAAAUGUUUAUAAUUUUAGAGCAGAACAUGCUUAUCGUAAAUUAUUAUCUUUUCAUGCCAAUUCAUCGCCUCAAUUUUUCAUCGAGAUUCUUACUACUGCAUUAUUAGUAGAAUUAGAUUAUAAUACAUUUGAAGCUCGGUUGAAAGAGCAUGAAGAAAAAACUAUAAAAAUUAGUACCAGAAAAGGUGGUCCAAAAGGAUUAGUGAUUGCAGAACAUCUUUUUGACGAAAAGGAUUAUGAAGCUAACUCAAAAAGACCAAGAUUAGUCAUUCUUGGUUCAGGUUGGGGUGCUGUAUCCCUUAUCAAAGGAUUAGAUAAAAGCAAAUAUCAUGUCACUAUAGUCUCACCACAAAAUUAUUUCCUUUUCACACCUCUGCUCCCAUCGGCGACCGUUGGCACAUUAGAGCCUAGGAGUAUUAUUAAAGGAGUUGACGCUCAUUACAUAGAAGCUAAAGCUACAGAUGUUAUUUUUGAUGAAAAAUUAGUAGAGAUAACACCUGGGAAUGAUCCUAAUGCUUCUUUUUAUGUUCCAUAUGAUAAACUUGUAGUAGCUGUGGGUUCUGAGUCAAUUACUCAUGGAAUAGAAGGACUUGAAUAUUGUCACACCUUAAAAAGUAUAAAUGAUGCACGUAAAAUACGAAGUAAAAUCAUGGACAAUUUUGAAAAUGCUACUUUACCAACGACUUCACCAGAAGAAAGAAAGCGACUUUUAAGUUUUGUUGUCUGUGGUGGUGGGCCAACUGGUGUUGAAUUCGCCGCUGAGUUGUAUGAUUUUUUAACAGAGGAUGUUGUGAAAUAUUUUCCUACUGUUCUUAGGAAUGAAGUACAAGUUAACAUAAUUCAGAGUUCUGAUCAUAUAUUGAAUACUUAUGAUGCAAAGAUUAGUGAUUUUGCUGAGAGUGAAAAACAAGAAACGAAAAAACUUGAAUAUGGUUUAUGUUUAUGGUCUACCGGAAUUGCUAUGAAUCCUUUGACCAAGAUUAUAUCAGAUAAGUUACCGGAACAACAAAACAAACGUGCGCUCGUAACAGAUAAUAGAUUACGUCUUAAGGGUAUUCAAGAUUCUUCUGUGUACGCAAUUGGUGACUGUGCAACAAUCGAAAAUCCAAAUUUGGUUCGAGGGUUGAUGAAAUUCUUUACUGAUUGUGAUGCUGAUAAAAAUGGACAUUUAAGCUAUGAUGAAUUUGUUACGUUGGCAAAAAAAAUUGCCAAAAAAUAUCCACUUACUGUUAAUCAUUUGGCACAUGCUGAUAAGCUCUUUUAUCGCUAUGAUACUGAUAAAAGCGGUACACUUGAGCUUGAUGAGUUGCGUUGCAUGCUUGAAGAUAUCGAUAAAAAAGUCACUUCUUUACCUGCGACAGCGCAAGUGGCAAAUCAACAAGGUAAGUACCUUGGUAAGAAACUGAAUCGAAUAAUCUUAGCUACCGAAACAAGCAUCUUUCCAUCAUCAAUGGACUAUUCUGAGGAUUCGGAUAGUAGCAAUCCAGACAUUGAUGAUAAAUUAGCUCCAUUUGAGUAUGCACAUCUUGGAUCAUUGGCGUAUAUAGGAAAUGCGGCAGUGGCAGAUUUUGGAUUAGGAUGGACAUGGAUGGGAGGUUUGAGCGCUGUUUAUUUGUGGAGAAGUAUAUAUUUUAGUGAGCAAGUUAGUUUAAGGACUAGGGCACUUUUAGCUUUUGAUUGGACAAAG